CUUCAAACGAUAUGUUGUAGUUGUUGGACUAGCCUAACUGACGUACAAGCAUUACGAGCGUGCCAAGAUACACUAGCUUUGAAAGAGACAGAAUGUGGAAAGCAAUCCAUGUCUUUAAGUUCCAUGUACGCAGCCGAAGCCAUAGCCACAACUUUUCAUGGACUUUGACUUGACCCAUUCAGCGUCAACUUGUCCAGUGCUGAAAAGAAUAUAGCACAAAUAAGAUUUAUGUGGACAAGUCUCUGGAGCACUUAAUUUCUCUUCCAGGUCUGUUUUGAGUAGAAACUGCACGUCUUACUUGGGCCAUCAUUUUCCUUCCACAAGUGGCACGGCAAAAGGAUUUGACUGAAGGAAGCAAGAAAAGUCUUGACCAGAAACACAAUUUACUGACGCGGUGAGCAGGAAACACCUAUAACUCUGCACCGAGUGCGCAUUUAUCAAUCAUCUAUCUCCCCGGAAUAUCAGAGGAGGAUUGCUUUGCGGUACAGUGCGGCUUGCCAGCAACCCACAGAUGUUAGCACCCUUAAGCAAUCAUCCUACCUGCAUAAACUGAUCGAUCGAUCAGGAUGAAGAUAUUCAGGGCGCAAGGUAAUCCUUGUGCCACAGCUCCGUAUAUAUUUCUCGUGCAGUUGCUCCUUCUCUGCCUGUGUUUAUUCUGCACCGGUUCCGCCCGAUCCAGCCUUACCAAAUGCCCCGGCAGCUCCGUCAACAUCCCAUCCCCUUUCAACAUCCCUGACAACUCGAGCAUCUCGAGGAAUCCAGGCUUCGACAUAUCAUGUGAAUCAACAGGGCCAAUGAUAUUGCUCGGUCGCAAGCAGUACAGGGUCCUGGGCAUCUCGCUGCUCCAGGGCUAUGUACGUGUAACCGGUCACACCGUCUACACCCAGUGCCAGCAGAACGCUGGCCCGGUGACCACAAACUUCAUUGACCUUCGGGGCACGCCUUUCACCUUCUCACACACACUUAACAAGUUCACCGUCGUUGGCUGUGACUCCAUGACCAUGAUACAAAGCCCGGACGUAACGAGUCGGUACAGGGGAGGCUGCGUGUCGUUCUGCGCUUCCGAGGGAAGCAUCACCAGUGGCGCAUGCUCUGGGGUGGGCUGCUGUCAAGCUUCAGUGCCCGAGGAACUCAAGGUACUGAAGUUAGAGUUUACCAGCAUACGGAGCCAGCUCCUGCAGUCCUCCGGAUCUUUGGGGAACAUCAGUAAAAGCAGUAGCGCAUGGUGCAGCAAGGCGUUCAUUGUGGACCAAGGUUCCUAUGUGUUCUCCAGGGAUCACUUGGACAGAAACCUGACAAACCUGCCAAUGGUACUUGACUGGUCUAUAUCCGGCGGCAACUGCUCAGAGGCGCGUAGUGCGCCUCAGACCUACAUGUGCAAGGAGAACACCGAUUGUUAUACCGUGGCAAAUAACACUGCAUACCGCUGCAACUGUUCUGAAGGUUUCACUGGGAACCCUUAUCUGGGAUGCCAAGGUGAGAAAUUCAUGUUUGCAAUAGAUGACACCUUUAUGCUUUGAUUGCCACUAACUUAGAAUAUAUGCCUUAUUCUGAUUUCCCUUUCUCUACAAGAUAUUGAUGAAUGCAAAGACGAAAAUAAGUAUCCCUGCACGCACAGGCACAAGUGCAUCAACACAGUUGGUGGUUUUAACUGUGCAUGCCCCAUGGGCAUGACGGGGGAUGGUAAGAAGCAGGGCACUGGGUGCAAAAGAGAUACAACGCUACUGAUUGCUGCAGGCAAGUUUCACAUGGUCUUAUAACAUUUUCCCUUUUGAAAUGAUCUGCUCAAUCUGAAUGAACGAGCACUUAUUCAUGAAAGUUCCUACUCUCUUUUUUAGGUGGAGGCCUGCCUUUGCUGCUUGUCCUCCUCAUGCUCGGAUUCUGGACCCACUGGCUUUUCACAAAGAGAAAGCUUGCGAAGAUAAGACAGAAAUACUUUUUGCAGAAUGGUGGCAUGCUCCUGAAGCAGCAGAUGUUUUCUCAGAGGGCGCCGUUGAGGAUAUUCACCUCUAGCGAGCUUGAAAAGGCAACCAACAGAUUCAGUGAUGACAACAUAGCUGGCCGAUGUGGGUUUGGAACGGUCUACAAAGGCAUACUAUCUGAUCAAAUGGUUGUGGCGAUCAAGAAGGCGCAGUGAGUUGAUCAGAGCCAGGUGGAACAAUUCGUUAAUGAGAUGGUCAUUCUCUCACAAGUGAACCAUGAGAAUGUGGUCCAGCUAGUUGGUUGUUGUCUCGAGUCAGAAGUUCCA